AUGAAUGAUGUGUUCUCCUAUGAAAGCUCAGAUUUGGACUGGUGUGAGGCGAACUACAGGCACUCUGAAGUACACUCUGAGAUAUACACCUCUAUGAGCAGUCUGUUCUUCUUUGUGAUCUCCCCCAUCAUGCUGUACCUGCUGCACCCCUACGCCAGGGAGAGGAACCUGGCUGUACACCUGGUCUGGAUCAUGAUGAUCUUUCUGGGUCUCUUCUCUGCCUACUUCCACAUGACUCUGAGCUUCAUGGGCCAGAUGCUGGAUGAGCAGUCCAUCCUGUUGGUGCUGGGGCUCUGCUACGCCCUCUGGUUCUCACGCAGGGUAUUCCCAUGCUUCAUCAAUGACAGGUUGGCCACCAUAACACCUGCUCAAGGCUUCUGCAGCCAAAACAUUAUCUGGUCCACCCUGUGCUCCUUUGUCAAACCCACUGCCAACGCCUACGUCCUCAACUGCCUUGCCCUCUACAUCACCUACUCAUUGGGUCUGGAGAUGAGGAUACUGACAUGUGUCUAUUCACCCUCUAGGCACAUUCUGAUUGUGAUCGCUGUAGCCUACGCAAGCACCCUGAUAGCCUACUUGGAUGCCAACUAUGAGAUACCUUACUCCCUGCCAGGCCUUCAGUACUGGCCCAGUGACAACUGUGUCCUGGGCUUGCCUUAUAUCGUCCUGAAAGGAACCAUCAAGACUCAGAAAAGAUGUUAGAGAACGUUCAACUUCUCCAAGAGACAACUUGAUGGCUUUGGUGAUGAAAUGUGCUAUGUAGUGGCGUGCAAGGAAAAGUGUCAAAUGCAGUGCCUUUCUUUUUACUUAGCAGUGACUCCGUUUUGAGAAAUGGUUGCAAUUCAUAAGAUUGCUCCUUAUUUGAUAUAUCAGAAUCAAUGCCACUCAGGUCAUCAACUUCGAUGUUUGCAUAUUCUGUUUGGUUUGCACUUGUUAAGGAAUUAAACAAGAGUUAAUGUGUGUAUGUUUUUCUAUGCAUUUUGUGUGAAUUGAUCAAUGCACUCAUCUGUUAUUUGCAUCCAUAUAUGCAUGGAUAUUCUCUGCACAUCAUGUUUUAUAAAACAAUUUUGUAUAUAUCUGUGUUUUGGUAUAAUAAUGUGAUUGUCUUUGUAGUGAUGAGAAUGGAGAUUAUUUCAACCCCAAAAAUACAGCUUUGAUUAGAUGUAGGGCUGAAUCACAACCACACUAUUUUAGGGGUAAAGGGCUUGUAGAGUGUGUUUAUAUAACCUACAACUUUACAUUUGUCAUCCUUUUCAGGGAUAAUAUCAUAUUAUGUGUGAUCUGAACUAAACUAAGUUUAAGACAUUUUAUACAACCACAUAAAUGUUUGUCUUGGUUCAGAGAUCUUAAGAUGUAUUAAUUUAAGUAUUGGUUAUCUCUCUCAGGUUUCUCAAAGUAUUUUAUGAUGUUAUUACAGAAAAUGUAAGGACCAUCUCAAGGUUUGUUAUGUGUGGGAUUCUACAUCUAUGAGAUCAAUUAAAUGUGUAUAUGAAUAAGAUUAACAGUUACUGAGUUAAAUGCAUUGAUGAAUUUGAGACGUUUCUAAAUAUACUGAAAAAAUAUAUAAACCUAACAUGUAAAGUGUUGGUUCCAUAUUUCAUGAACUUAAAUAAAAG